AUGGCAACGGCAAAACUAAUCGAAACUCACACGCAAGGAGCAGAGAUUUGCCAUGGAUCAGAUAUCUGCAAAUCGAAGAUCCAAAAAGUACUCGAAGAAUUCUCCUUCCCAAAAGGACUAUUGCCAUUAGACGAUAUUGAGGAGUUCGGUUUCAACAGAAACACGGGGUUUGUUUGGAUGAAGAUGAAGAAGAAGAAAGAACACAAGUUCAAGAGCAUCGGCCAAACGACUAUCUACAAUGCCGAAAUCACUUGUUUUCUUGAAAAGUUUCACAUGUCGAAGGUGACCGGAGUCAAGGCAAAGGAGAUGAUGAUUCCGGUGGCUGUUUACGACAUACUCGUCAGAGCUCCGGCCGCUGACAUGGUCAAGUUCACGUCCGCAGUUGGCUUGUCACGCGCGCAUCCGAUCUCCGCUUUUGAACUUGAAGAUGCCGGGAGUGCCACCAAAUGA